AUGGCCGAGUUCGGGCGGAAGCUGCCCGAGUGCGCACGCGCGGCGGCCGCCGGUCGCCAUGGAGACGCGUGGCCGAGGGCGGGCGUGGAGCGGCCGGAGCCGCGGGCGCAGGAGCCGCGGGUGUUCGGCUGCCCCAGGGGCCGGGCACAGCCCGGCGGGCGGAUGGAAGGCCGCGGCGGGGCCGGGCCGCCGGGGUUCGCGGAUAACAAGGUCCGGGACCCGGAGGAGAGAGAGAGCGGCACCGAGGUCUCCCAGGGGUCCAGACUGCCCCCCAUAGACGGCAGCACGUCGCAGCUGACUAAGCGGAAGGUUAAGAAGAAAAAGAAGAAGAAGACCAAGGGGUCGGGCAAAGGGGACGAUAAACAUCAGAAUCCAGGCCUGAAGACUCAGCCACGGCCCUCAUCCCUCCACAGCGUCCUAAGUGACAUCAAAGACCCCCGCCUGAGGCCGGAGCACCGGUCGGACAAAGAGGACAGCAAGCCCGCAGCUCCUUACACCUCCAGCCGAAGUCUCCCCCACGUCACUGACACAGAGGAGACGCUCUCCAGCCAGACCAAUGAGAGUCUGCGCUGGGACGGGAUUCUGGCAGACCCCGAGGCAGAGAAAGAGAGGAUUCGCAUUUACAAGGUCAACCGGAGAAAGCGGUACCGGAUUCUGGCCCUCAAGAGCUUCCACUCUGAGCCCAGAGCCGAGGAUACCCCCGAGAGCUUGCCCAGCCUCUCGGAUAAAGAGAGUGGCAGCAGCCGGCAGCCCUUGGUGAAGGCCGACCACCCCCGACUCUACACUGACGGAAGCCUGGCUCCAAAGCUGCACCACUCAGACUUCACGUCCGUCCUGCCAGAGGUGCCCUACACGGCCCAGCACCACCACCCGUGCCGUAAGAACAUCCAGCAAUGA